AUGCCAUAUUCAUCUAUUAAUCAACAAAAUAUAAACAAUAGCAAUCAUGGUUCAUUAUCAAUUAUGGACACCUAUGCUAAUGCUAUACUACGUACUUUUGCGUCUCUUGAAUCACCAUCUUUAUAUACUUCUCAAAACAAUGAUCAAGAUCAUUGUCUUUUAUCAACCUUGAUCGAUGAAUCGUUGGAUAAUCAAUUUAUAGAAACAGAAUCAUCAUCAUUAUCUUCCUCCUCUUCUUCAAUUUAUGAAGAUCAACUUAUACUUGAAGCAUGUUUACCAUUAGCUUCAAAUAAUACAAAACAAUUUCAACGAUUACUGUCUCGAUUAGAUCAAUUUUAUAAUAAGCAGCAACAAAUGUUAACAAAAACUAUACUUCCAUCAUCAACAGAUAUAAAUGAUCGUUAUUUUUUUCAUUCAAAUGAGUCAAAUAAAACAAAAAAUAAAUCAAACAAUCUAUCACCAUCAUCAAGAAAACGGUAUAAAUUCACUUCAACAAAUACAGAUGAAAUUUAUAAUUUUUCAACGAAUCAAAGUGAACACCGAGCACAUUCAGCAGAUUCAAAUCGAUAUCAUUUUUCAUUAAAUAACUCAACUCAAAAUGAACGUUCACGUGGUAGUUCUGAACAACGUUCAAUGAAAUUGAUUGAUGAACCAUCAAAUAUCACCUCAGAUACACCUUAUCUAUUCUCAAAAACAACAGAAUCAUUACAUUAUCCAAGUACAACAACAACAUUCAUUCAUCCAGAUGAUACAUGGUCAUAUCAACGCAAAUAUCCUCAGAAAAUAUCAAAUAUAAAUCGUGAAUAUCGACAACAAAAACGAAUGGAUACUACUACAUCAACUAACGGUUUAUUAUCUAUAUUGAAACCAACAGACAAAUCUGCAGUACGUUCAUAUUUAAAUGAAGCUCGUGAACGUUUAUCUGUAAAACGUUCUAUUCAAUCACCAGAAUCAUUGGAAAAAUCUGUUGAUCGUCUUGUUUCAUCUGUAAAUAAAAAAUAUAGACAACAACAGCAGUCCCAAAUACCUUCAACAUCUACUACAACAUCAUUAAGUUAUAUUAGUCAAUAUUAUGCAAAAGAGGAGGAACCAUUCAAUAAUGAUUCAAUAGAAUAUGAUAAUGAACAACAAAGAUUAUAUUCAAGCCUGAAUACUAAUCGUAUUCAUACACAAAUUAUGAAAAAUGUUAAUAAAAGUUUACUUGAUCGUAAUUAUCAAACAGAUAAAAAUCGUUUCAAAAAUUUCGAACAAAAUAUUCGUCGUUAUUUACGUUUAUAUGAAAAUCAAUCAUUACAACGUGAAUUAAAUUAUAAUUUAAUACGUUGUUUUUCAUCAUCUUAUUUAGAUGAUCUGAGACGUGAAGAAUUUCGUCAUAAUCAAACACGUAAUCAUAUAUAUUCAUAUACAUAUGAAGACAUUCAAGAUAUUUAUGUACCAUCUAUAUUAGAAGCUUAUAAAAUGAAAACAUCUGUGGAUCGAGAAAGAUCUCAUCGUUUGCAAUCAUCACUUACGACUGGACAAUUAUCACCAACAUCAUCAUUUGGUUAUAGUCCAAUUAUGAUUGGAAGUUCAAAUGAAAAUAUGGAUACACAAUUAGGAACUCUAGAAACGGAUCUUAGAUCAUAUGCAUCGAAUUCUCAAACACCAGCAAAUGUUCGUUUAAGUGUUGAUGUAUUUUAUGAAAUCAUGCAAGAAAGUUUUCGUGGUAUAGAUGCAUAUAUUGCUGGUCAUGUAUCAAAUGCUUCACAAUAUACAAAACAAAAAUCUCAGCAAUCUCAAACAAAAACUCGUGAUUAUGAAAGUGAUAUUGAUAUUAAAUCAAAUUCAUCAUUUUGGUCGGAUGAAGAUGAAAAUUAUUAUAUAGAUGAUAUACAUUCAAGGAAAAUUAUUCCACAUCAACGAAAAAUUUCACGUUAUUUAUCAACCGUUAAUCGUUCAUUACUUGAUCGUCCAAGUAAUUUAAUUGCUGAUUUUUACCUUUCAAAAUUAAAUCGUAAUAUGCAAGCAAGUGUACGACAUGUUGAAAUAAUUGCACGUGAUAAAGCAUAUAAACAUGAAAUUAUUGAUGGUAUAAAAACAAAAUUAAAUCGAAGUUUAUCAGCUGAACAUUUAUAUCAAGUACGAAAAGAACAUUUACGUUAUAAACAACCAUUUCAUACGCCAACAUCAUUUACAACAGAAGAUGUUGCUGAUAUUUAUAAACCAUCCAUAUUAGAAAAUUAUAAAAGAAAAAUAGCAAUUGAACUUGAAAGACGUCGAAGACAAAGACAAGGACAAUUUUUAUCAAAUCUUCAUAGUCCACCUAUAUAUACUUCAGAAAUAAAACCUUCACAUUCACCAAUUAUUGAUCGAUCAAAUCAUGAUUUUCAUAUUGUAUCACCACCAACAAUUAUACAAACAAAAGAAAUUGUUAUGGGUCGUGCCCGUCGAUCAUUAACCGAAGAUGGUAGUGAACAUUUUGUACAUUAUAUUGGUACUACCUUACCACCUCCGAUUUAUUCCGAUAAUAAACAAUCAUCAUCGAAAAAUAGAAUAACAUUUACAGCAACUAUUUAUGAUCAAUAUGAUCUACCAUAUACAACAGAUGUGGAUUCGUUAGAUAUUACUGAUAGAAAACAAAUGCGUAUUCAACAAGAAAAAGAUUCUAGCAAUAAAAUUACUGAUGAUACAUUAAAAACAGCAAAACAGGUCAUUGCAUCUCAUCCUUCAGUUCGUAUGCCACAUCGUUCACAAACAAAAAUUUAUCCAAGUAAUGGUACUCUAACUGAACAAAUUGCUAUUUGUCACGCUAAUCUUAUUGAAACUGAUAAUCAUUAUUUAUCUAUGGUAAAUAUAGAUCAAACAGUACCAUUACAACAAGCUGAAUAUCUUCAAAUUUCUUCAAAUGAUUUACAACAUGCCAUGAUUAUUACUUCACCUCAACCACCAUUUUCAUUAGUUGAACAUUCAAAUAGCGAACAAAUUACACAAUUUAUUCAACAACAACCAAAAUAUGAACAUACUACUUUAAUUAUAUCAAACGAUGAACAUAUUGCUCGAAUUCAAAAUGAUAUUCCAAUAUUUGAAACUGUUCCAGAUAUAAAUCUAUCAAUACCAUCAUCUAUUAUUACUAAUGUCAAUGAAAUAUUCAAUGAUGAUGAACAUUCUCUAUAUAUUCCUCAAAUAAAUGAACAACCACUUAUAUUAAAUUCAUCACAUAUCAAUCAAUUAGAACAAUUGUAUGAUAUACAUGUCGAAGAAAAUAAUAUACAAUUUAAUGAAGAACUCAAUAGACAAGAAACAAUUUCAAAUAAUGAAGAACAAUUACCUGAAAUUGAAAAAACAACUGUUGAUAUGGAAGUAUCAUAUAUUGCGUCAUUUAUACAACUUCCAGUUAAUCAUACUUUUCCAGUAAAAAAUGCUCAACAUAAAUAUCCUGAUGUAAUUGAAUAUGAACAAGUUCAAAUAAGUUUACCACAACAAUUAACAAAUAAAUCAUUUGAAAUCAUUGAUAAUAAUGAACAAGUAACAUUUCUAUCUGAUGAUUCCAAUCUAAAUCAACAUCAACAACAAACAAAUAUUCAUAUUGAUGAAUUACCUUAUCUAGAAAAUCCGCUUUGUCCCACAACAAUUUUCACAUUAAAUUACGCACAUCAUAAACAAAAACAAGAUAAAAUAUUCUAUAAAAAUGAUGAUCAAUUUUCUUCAAUAUCAUCAUUUCUUGAUAUGGAAAUAUUUUUAAAUCAUUUUGAAGAAAGUCUUGAUCAUGAACAACAUUUACCAUUGAUCGAUCAAAUAUCACUUUCAUAUACAGCAUCAUGUACUGGACAAUAUGAACGAAAUAAACGUUCAUUACCUAUUGAAUGGUUUCAGCCAACAAUUCUUUCCUAUGAUGAACAACUUGUUGAACAAUGGACUGUUAUUAAAGAUAUCGAUACUAUUCAACAAGAAGGAACAUUACGUCAUCAACAAUUAAAAUUGAUGACUAGUAAUAGUGAUUGUGCGAAUAUUCCUAUUAUAACAAAUACAAAUAUAUUUUGUGUUGAGAAAAAUUUUGAAGAAGAAAAUUGUAAUAGUUCAAUUUUAAUUGAUGAAAAAGAUAAUAUUCGAAUAUUUGAUAAUAUUAGUCAUUAUUCUUCAACAAGUGACUAUGAAAUAGAUUCAGUUGAUAAAGAUAACGAUACCGCUACCUAUCUCAUAAACGGCACUGUUAUCAUACCAACAUCUCUAACAAAUAUUCUACCGUCCUCUUCCAUUACAAACACAACAGCUCUUUCACAAUCAUCCCCACUUUUAACAUCAUCUACAGCGCCAAUUGUACCCAUUGUUUAUUUUCUUGAUGCAUUAGCUAUUGAACAAACCGAUACAAAUAAUCCUACAAAAGAAUUUUUAUUAACAAUUGGUUUUGGUCAAAACGAAAAUAAUUCUAGAAUGAAUGAAAUAACAAAUAUUGUUUCAACUAUUGAUCAACCAUCAUUACCUACAUGGAUUAAUCGUCCAUCAUCAUCAGAUAAUAUUAUAAUUUUACCAACUAUAAUUCAUAAUGAAAAUCCAUCGAUUUCAUCAAUCGAAGAACAAAAACUUAAUUUUGCUAUUGAAAAUCAAAUUGAUAAUGAUGAUACAGCACUUUUAUUACCUUCACAUCGUAUUCAACAUGGUUAUGAUUUAGGUGAAAAUACACAAGCACCAUUGAAGUCAUUUUUUGAACCAUCAUAUUUACAUUUACCUAUAAUCAAUGAAAUUUAUAUUUAUCAAAUGAGUUUUCAUAAUGAAUUUUCACUUUUUCAUCCACCAAAUAUCUUACCACAUAUGCUUGUUUCGAAAACUCAUGACGAUGAAAUAAUUUUACCAAAUGAAUAUCAAAUAAAACAAUCGAAAAUAUUAUCUUUUGCUCGAAUAAAUGAUUUACUCGAUAAAGAAGAAUCUAUUCAAACAAUAUUAUGUACACUUAAUCAACCAAGUUAUAUUGAACAUUGUCAUAUUCAACCAUUAUAUUCUUUUCCGGAAACAUGUUUUGCUGAAAUAAAUCAAACAGAAAUUAUAAAUAAAAAUGAUAUCAAUUUUUUAUCAGAUAUUCUAACGGCAUUUGUUAAAAAUAAGGAUGAUUACGAAUUAAAUCAAUUUGAUAAAAUAGAACCCAUGCAAAAAAUUACUGAUGAUAAUCAAGUAAAAAUUAAAUAUGGCAUAUUAGAUUCGCUUAUAGCAACAACAACAACAACCACAACAACAGCUACAGAAGCAAUGGUAGCAACAGUAGGAGGUAAGACUGAAAAAAUAAGUUGUUUUUCUUAUAAGUAUAGCUGCAAUGAAAUUGUUGAAACCCUUGAAUUAUUUAUAUGUUAA